AUGAAGUUCCAUUCCACCAUCCUAGAAGCCCUCAACCACCAUGCAUCCAGGACUCCCGACAAGGUCGUCUUCACCUGGGUCGGCAUCAAAUGUGAAGAACAAAACAAGAUGACGUUCAAACAGCUGCAAGAUGAGUCGAAUGCGGUGGCAGCUCGUCUCCUCAAGCUGGGAUGCCAAAAGGGAGACCGUGUCAUGAUUGCCUAUCCCUUUGGCCUCGAGUUCUUGGCUGGAAUGUUUGGAGCCAUGAAGAUUGAAGUAAUCCCCUGUUCCAUCUAUCCACCCAAUCCCAACAAGCUUAAAACUGAUAUGCCAAAGUUCCGUGGAUUUUCGGAGGAUGCUGGAGCCAAGUAUGCUCUCUCGACUAACAUGUUUGCUACUGCCAUGACUGCAGCUAGCAUCCUCUACAAGACUGGAGUGAAGUGGAUUGGAACAGAUAUCCUAUCAAUCAAGAGGAGCAACCGCAACAAGCCCAAAGAUUACGAGAAUUUCGAGGGAGUGCCAGAAGAUAUAUGCUUUAUCCAAUACACCUCUGGCAGUACUGGACAUCCCAAAGGAGUCAGGAUCAGUCACCAAAGUCUUGCAGAAAAUUGCAUUGCUAUUUCUGCCAUGUCUGGUACAAACGCUUCGAAUGUUGGCACUACAGUGGGAGCCUUGUGGGUCCCACAAUACCAUGAUAUGGGGCUUGUGGCAGGCUUCAUGACUACACUCUAUGCUGGUACUUCCCUUGUCAUGGCAUCUCCUUUGGACUUUGUGGCCAAUCCUCUUCUUUGGAGUGAUAUGGUAGAGACCUACAAGGCCACCCUUACUUGUGCCCCCAACUUUGCCUAUGCCUUGCUCCUCAAACGCUUAGAGCAGGCCAACCGAAAUGCCGACUGGAGCUGUGUAAGGCGAGCCAUGUUUGGGGGCGAACCUGCCCAAAGCCACGUUGUGGAUGCAGUGUCAAAGACCCUUUCCAUCAAUCCUGAUCAUAUCUACAACAUCUAUGGGCUUGCUGAGUCCGUGGUGUUCCUCACAGGUGGCUCUGCCUACCCUGACUCUGAAGGGCUUCUCUGCUGUGGUGAAGUAAACUCCCCAACCCUAAAGCUUCGACUUGUUGAGGAUGGAAAAGAGGUUGAAGAAGGGCAGGUUGGAAGCAUUUGGGCCCAGUCACCCCGGGUGGCAGCUGGGUACUAUGGCCAGCCUGAGCUAACAGCUGCGACUUUUGCCAAUGUCUUACCAGGCUAUGAUGGCAGCUGGCUUGAUUCUGGUGAUUUGGGCAAGGUUGUUGAUGGACAGCUCUAUGUUACUGGGAGAGUCAAAGAUGUCAUCAUUAUCAAUGGCAAGAACUACUACCCAACAGAUGUGGAGCUCUCUAUUGAUGAAACUUUUGGAGAUGUGAUCCGCCCAGGAAGAACCAGUGCUUUCCAGCAUGGGGAGGACAGUGUUGGGAUCACGGUGGAGGGCCGCAAGGACUUCGACAAGACAGCAAAUGAAGAUUUGACUGUUCAGAUAUCCAAUCAUGUAUCUCAGUUGCAUGGAUUGUUUGCUGCAAAGGUUGUUGUUCUCAAGCUCGGAGUGACACCUAAAACGACCUCUGGAAAGCUGAAGCGAAGUGAGAUCAGACAGGCUACUAUUGCUGGUGAUUGGAAGGAGUCUUCUGUGCUCCUAAGCUUCCAACGACAGGCAAACAUAUCACCUAUGCAGACAAACAUAUCAUCUGUAGAGAAAAGCUCUUUCCUUGAGCAGAGCUUUGCAUUGAAUGGGGUAACAAGCAGUGAGUUCUAUUUGUCAGAAGAAACUCAACAUGAAAUCAGGAGAAGAUCAAUGACUCUACCAUUUGGGUCCCUUGACCUUGGCAGUCUGGAUGAGCUUUCUGACACCAACCUUAUCCAAACAAAUAUCCUCCCCAGCAAAGCUGUUCAAGCUGUUCAAGCUGUAGAGUGCAAUCCCAGCAAGUUGGAAGAGUAUUUCUCAGAGCUUCACCUUUCUGGGGUCUCUGGCAUUGAAGAAGCGUGGUCCAAAGCUAUGAAGACAACAGCUGUAAUUCAAGCCAUGUGCGCCCAAGUAUUGAAGCAUCUCGAGGACAAGCACCCAACCAUCUGCCAGCUUGCCAAGACUCUCAGUGAAAAUCCUGACUGGAUUUUGCUUGAUAACAGAACAGAUUUCCUUUCUCAACUUGUGCAUCAAAUCUUUGUUCUUCAAUGGGCGACAACAUUCAUGAUGGAUAACUCAGCGUGCAUGGAGCAAAAGCUGCAGAAGGAUGCAGAGUGGGAAGACACUCAUCAGACUACUCAGACAGUCCCAACUGAGCUACAAGAGAUGCUGAACCUCCCAGAGAGAGACUCAAUGUAUGGGAAGUUGCCGUUCUUCCUUUGGAUCAAGAACAGGUCCGUUGUUGCACUACUGAACCUUGUCCUACAAAGCUUGGGAUCAGCUGAAGGCCCAACCAUCAAUGUACAGGUUGGAAGAAUCAAUAACCUCCUGUGUUUAAACAUGUUAGAGGCUAUUUGGGUUGAGCAAAAAAAUGGACACAAGGACAACUCAGAAGUUGGUAGGAGACUUGCUACGAAUCCUGUUUUUACAGCCACAACCCAAUCCAAGAAGGUUUUGAUGGAGCAUGCAUGUGAUACAAGUGCUUUAAAUAAUCUGUACAUUGAUUGGGAUAUGCAUAUUGUGGCCUGGGCCGGAGACAAAAAUUCUUCCAGCUGGUUCUUGUCGAAAUUGCUCCUACCUAGCAUCAUUGGCGAUGUCAAUGCACAUUUCUUCUAUGCAAGGUUGAUUAGUCUGCACCUGACUACACAGGCGGUGGGCAGGAAGCUGAUGUGUAAAAAGUUUCAUAAUGAACCAAUCCUGUCAAGAAGAGCACUGCAUUAUUUUGGGAAGCUGAACCUCUCCUGUGCAGAAAAGUGCGGAUAUAUCCCACUGAAACCAGAGAGCAAACAUCAACUUGCGCUUGACGAAGAUUUCUGGCUGUCAAAGUUUGACCAGUGGGGUUUGGCAAACCAUCCAGCUAAGACAAGCACUGCAGACCCCAGGUUGCAUGGUAAUGCAGUUGCUGGAUCCGCGGUCCCAGACAAAGUGUCUGCCAGGUCAAUGAACACAAUAAUGUCUGUUUUUGGUUCACAAAUUGACACAUCAAAACCAUGGGUUGAGAAUGGGCUCACUUCCCUUCAGAGUGCAGAGCUUAGAAACAAGAUUGAGGAAGAGCUACAUGUAGUUCUCCCUGCCAACUUUGAACAGCUCUACCCAACACCAGAGGCACUUUCCAACUUCUUGGAAGCAUCAGAGAUGGAAACAUUUCCAAAGAAAGAGAUUUACAAUCACCCUGACUUUCUUUGGAACUCCUCAAGAUCUAGGUUGAGCAAGGCACAGCUAGCAUGGCUCCAAAGCCUCGGCUCAAUUGUGAUUCUCCUACUGAUUGUUGUCUCCAUUGUACCAUCCUACUUUCUUGUGUCCUGGCUUAUGGACCAGUGUGACUCCACCAAAGUUGGAGAAUGCAACAGCUCAGGUGUUUGGCUUCUUUUGCCCCUGGCCUUUCCUCUGUACAUUCUCUCUUUUUCCAUCAUUGUUGUGUUCUGCAAGUAUGCAGUCACUGGGACAUAUUUGUACCGACAGAUUGAAGUCCUGUCUUGGGGUUACCUUCAAUGGUGGUUUGUUGACAGACUUGUGGAAGUCUGGGAAUCUCUUGUUGGACAUCUUGUUGUGGAAACAAAAUUCAUCUGGAUCUUCUACUGGCUUCUUGGAGCAGACUUGGCAAGGACAACAAAGAUCAAAUCUUUUAUUCGGGAAUUUGAUCUUGUGAAAGUUGGUGGCAACUCUGUCAUCAGUCACCCUGUAAAGUGCAGGAAAUUCUCCCAGUCAAGAGAAACAGGUCCAACGAUUACCUUCCGACCAAUCAUGGUUGGGGAAAAAUGCCAGGUGUCGGGGAUGGUCAGCCUGGGUGCUUCCAUUGGUGAUGACAGCAAGGUGGAGAAACUGUCUGUUGUUGAAGAAGGGUCUCAAGUGCCAGAUGGAGUACUUGCCAGAGGCAAUCCAGCAUGUAAUGCUGGCUCUUUUGAGCCUUCAAAUUCAAAGUACUGGGAAGAAUCGCUUUUGGAUGCCUUCAAGAUAGUAUGGCUUUUCCUUGAAGCAUAUCACUACUUUGCCCUAUCCUUCCUGGUUCAUGCCACACUCAACAAAAUUUUGCCAUCGUGGCGCUAUGCUAGCAUUCUCCAUUGGUUCCUGCUUUUUCCGUUCUCCUCCUUCCUUGGUCUCCUCACAAGCAUUGCACUCAAAUGGUUUCUGAUUGGGAAACGUGAUGCAUCCGAUGAAUAUGAAGGUUCACUGUGGAGGCAAGCAACCAACUGGGUCUGUGACUUCCACUUCCGUGUAGCUGCUUGGCCCAUCACUCCAUUCAUUGGCCACUCAAAACUAUGGAACAUCAUUCUUUUCCUUCAUGGUCUUGAUGUUGACUUGAGAUCAGAACUAAAUUUCACUCCAUUCACCAAGUUCUCUCCUUCAAGGGUGGACUUUGUGAAGAUCCGGAAGUCCUUUGUCGCAACCAUCACCUUUGAUUUUGAUUGUAAAGCUGACUCCAAAAUUGAGAUCAUCAACAGUAGUGUGGGCUACAAUGUUAAUCUUCACUCGGGUGUCAAGAUAGUGAGAUCAACGAUCCCACCAAGGACCAAUCUGUCCGACAGUGUCUAUGAUCUGAACAAAGCAACACCAAAAUCGAAAUCACCCAUCCUCAUGAACAUCUUUCUUCCAGAAUUGCCACAACAAGCACUCAACAUGGUCCUCUUUGCAACCUUCAUACCUUCCUGUGAGAUUGUUUAUCAUGCUACCCAAACAUCCUCAACAUGGAUCGCCAUGUGUUGCUUUGUUGCGGCAUUUUUCACACUGCUUUGUGUGUGGAUUCUUUCUACAAGGAUGAUUGAAUGGCUGAUGCUGAGCCUCCCAAGCAAGGUUCAAGAAUCUUUGUACGGAGUAUACAUCAACCAUGUCUGGUUUUUUCGUGUUCGAAAUUUGCUGGAACUGCUCCUUUCUGGUACUCCCAUGUUUUCCUAUUAUGCUCGAUUCAUGGGAGCGGAGGUGGAUGGUUGCCUCUGGUACUUUGGCAAUGCUAUCUAUGAGUACGGUUGCUUGCAUUUCAAUGGAAGCGUAAUUGUGGACAGCUCCCAUGUGAGCGGACAUUACAUCGAUCUCAAUGGACUUACCCUUGGCGACACCUAUGUAUCAGGAUUGUUGCACCCCGGAUGCUACGCCCGUGCUGGGUCUGUAGUCAAUGGAAAAGAGAAUGGUCCCUGGAAAGUAUUCUUGAGAAGCGAUUUGGGUGUCCAUGAUUCGAAACCUGUUCUGAAAGAGUCACCCCAGGGUAGCAUGGACCGACUGGCCGAAAGUCACCAGGAUGACCUCACGGAUGAGGUGCAUACAGAGCUUGAUGUGUAG